GUUUUGAUGAUCGUCUUGUCGAUGUUUUUUUCGCUCAUGCGGCCCGUCGUUGUGGAUCGCGUUGGAGUAGCUCUGUAACAGCUGUGUUUUCGUCUCAAAAAUGUCCAAUGUUCGCUUGUCUAAUGGCAGCCCGACGCUGGAGCGGAUGGAGGCGCGACUGUCUGACCAACCGAAGCCGUCGGCAUGUCGAAACCUGUUCGGGCCGGUGGAUCAUGAAGAGCUGAAGAAGGACUUCCAGCGGCAGCUCCGGACGAUGGAGGACGCGUCGGCUGAAGCCUGGAACUUCGACUUUUCCACGCACACGCCGCGCGCCGACGGUAGAUAUCAGUGGGAAGCGCUGGAUAUUCGCUCGGUGCCCGGUUUCUACAGCCGAUCGGAGCGGGGGAAGGGCUCCGAUAUUCACAUCUCCUCCUCUGGGAAUAAUAACGACAAUAACGUGGAUGUUAACGGGAAUCACGACUGUAGGGUAACGGAGCAAAGCGCGGAGACGCCCGAAACGCUCCGAGAGCCGAGGAAAAGAAGCUCCUGUCUCGACUCAUCGUGUCAAAGCAAACGCUCGCACAUCUGUGUGGAUGAAGUGACCCGAACGCCCAGAAAACCCAAAAAACCCAGAAAACCAUUGAGUCCGACACCCACAUAAACACAAUGAGGCCUGAAGAUGUCGUCAUUGUCGUCGCUUCGAUGACCUCAGUGCCUGGUGGCUGAUUUUUCUAUAUAUUUUGUUUGGGCGUCUGAAAAACAGAGGAGCGAGGAGGGGGAAUAAAGAGACAUAUCAACUCUACGAGUGUGUUCAAGCACUGAAUCAGAAACACUAAAAACUUCUGGCACUCAACAAUAAAGCAACUGCCUCUGAGAGCAGUUAAUGUAGCAGUGUGCAAUUAGGUUGAAUUUCCUUUUUUGCUCAUAUAUUUUGUUUUCUUACUACCUGUGUAUAUACAUUGUUUCCUUUUUCCCUUAUGUAGCACAUAAUUAGUAUUAUGUUGUAAAAAUGAAAGAUUAAAAAAAAAAAAGUAUAUUGUUUUAUUUUUGGAGGUGUGAUUUUGGUUUGACUUGAAGAGCCACCGUUGUUGCCGUGUGUAGAUUAUUUCCAAAAUGCUGUUCAUUAUUGUUUGUGUUGCAUUUAAUUUGCAUAUUGGUUGUGUAGUAAAUUUAUAUUUGGUACACAUAAAAAAGCACCGUUUUUGUUUUGGAUGUGAACAUCUCAGUCUGUUUUAAUUGUUAAAAUCUCAAACUCUGAGGUCAAACCUUGUAGCAUCGACCAGUAUUACUAUCAGGCACUUCCAUGGAGCGUCUCGCGCCCUCUUAAAUUAUUUCUGUAAGAAGUUUUCUUGAUCAUCUGUAAUUUUUGCGUGAGUUUUUUUUUCUUCUACUGAAUAUUUUCUGGUUUGACUCGAUGGCCCUUGAUUUUUGAAUUUUUUUAUUUUGGGUUUGUUUCAUCACAAAAGUGGGUCGUGCCACCAAUUAUAUGCAUCUAAAACACUCGACAAAUCUGUGGUGAAACGUGAUGCAUAACUGUAUUUAUAAAGUAAAUAUUAAUAUUGAGCGAUUUUUACACUGCCUGUGUAUUUGUGUACUUUUGAGAAAUGUACCUGUGUACAUAACUUUGUAAAAACACUGAGAAGUUUAAAACUAACUUAUUUAUGUCAAAGUUUUGUUUUUCUUUCUUUUUUUUUGAAAUUAAAAAGGUUUUUUUUUUGGUCAAGGUUUGAGUGGUUAUUUUUUUUUUGUAAAUGUUUUUUGUAAUAUUUUAACAAAUUGUAAGAGGUUGCAAACUGAGCCUGAUUAAAAUAUUUGAUAAGUU